AUGCGCGUAAGCGUUUUAUUAACAGCUUUAUGCUGCUCAAUAUCCACAGCACAGAAAAGGCGGUCGAAGAAGGGUCUACUGUCAGGUAAAGAAUACAGACGGGGCAAAAAGUACCUCCCGGAAAAGACAAUCUCCACGAGCUCAAUGAGCAUCCGACGACCUCAAAAUCCAGAAAGCAACAAAAUUAUUGCAAUGGACAAAGAAGACAGCGGCGAGUGUUCCAUCGAGGCGUCUAAGCGCGUCGAGUGCGGCUGGCCCGGAAUCGAGAAAUGGAUUUGCGAAGCGCGAGGCUGCUGCUUUGACAGUUCUGGGGCGAAAGGCGACAUUUGGUGCUUCGCCAAAGAGACUAGCGACUCGAGCCAAUGUGGAAGAGCGGAUUUCCGAUGCGUAAAAGACGGCAAGUGCGUGAAACGGGACGCAGUCUGUGACGGAUACUACGACUGCCUCGAUGGAUCAGACGAGCUUCAGUGCGGCUGGGCCGCUUGGACUGGCUGGACCAGAUGUUCGCGAACAUGCGGUAAUGGAUUGCGAUUGCGCGAGCGUGCUUGUCGAGGACACCAAAAACUCUGCAGCGGGCGCAAUCGAGAGCAAGAAGAGUGCUUUGCUGGCGCGUGCGUGGAUACUGUUGCUGGCGAACGAGAUGCCGACGUCUUGAAUGCACAAAUCAAGGCGCUUCAGGCUGAAAUCGGAGCUCUCGAGUCCCACGUCAAAGAAACCGAGAUGAAAAACGAAGAGCUGCGAAUCGAAAUGGAGCUUUUCGAGGAAAUGAACGAUUCAAGCGUCUGCGACCAGCUCAAUAAUCUGAGAAAGCAGCUGGACAAUAUUCUCGAACGAAGACUGAAAAAAUACCGUGGAAAUUCCGGAAUUCAAAUCAAACUAAAAUCGACAUCGACCGCUGAGUCACAAGAAACAGACGCUGAAAGCACCUUUAUCGAAAAGACGACAAGCUGGAAACCCCAUCCUACCCGAGCACCCAAGGGAAGCAUCGAAGAAGUCCAGUGGAAAGACAAAGCGCAAAACAACACUUCUUUUGCCCGCGUGGCCGUUACGCGAACCCAAAAACGACAGCGAACACAGCGAAAACAAGCCAAGGGUCCAAUUUUGAUCGAGAGUCCAAAUGAAGUUCGCACGUUUUUAAUGGACUUGGAUGUGACGAUAAAGAGUAACCAGAUUUCGGACCCAAUCCGUUAUCUUCGCGAUGAAACUUAUGAGCGCUUGAGACUUCGGCUCGGCGAGAACACUCGGAUCAUGGGCCCAGAUGUUAACAGGCUGCGUGAAAACUUGUUUGAGCUCCAGUUCCUUGUCUACACCACUGAGCCAAAGUUUGACCAACUCGAGCUGCGCAAGGUAACAAGGGAAAUCUUUCAACAGAUGGAGUGGGUCAACUGGCGAGAGAAUACCAUUCAAAUUCUUGCCUCAAUCAAGGAAGAAGAUAAAAAUCAAACGAAAAUUAAACUCAAUAAAGAAGAAACAGACGAUCAAACGAUUCUUUUGGAAGCGGAGCUUUUGACACCACCAGAUGUGAUUUUGAAACAAGCUGUCGCAGAAGAGUUUACAGAAUGGGAACAGUGGUCGAAAUGCUCCUGCAGCGAAAAGCGUCCAAUGAAAUCAAGAUCGCGAGAAUGCCUUACAGAUCCUUGCUCUGAAUUCCUUUUGAGUGAAAGCUCUUACGAUUGCGUCGAAGAAUGCCAAGAACUUCUCAAUAGAAUCAGUCUCGAUGGCCAUAAUGAACGUAGAAGAAGACACGUUGACACCCCAGACCUUGUCUAUGAUCCUUCGCUUUGUGCUGAUGCUCAAAGACACGCAAACCUUUUGGCGAGCACUGAAACAUUCGAGCACGACCAAACGCUCGGUCAAAAGGGACUCGGCGAGAAUUUGUACCAAGUGACUCCCAUCCGCCGCAGCGAGAAUGGUGUCUGGUAUACCGUUCCGAGCAAAGCUGAUGAGCAUUAUGAAAAUGCCGUGAAGAACUGGUACAACGAAAGAACGCGAUACUUUUAUCAAAUGGCCAUGUUCACGCCAAUGACUGGCCACUUCACUCAAAUUGUUUGGAAGAGUACGACGGCGGUUUGCAUGGCGCAUGCAUAUUCUGAUGAAGAUAACCUCUACAUUGUCGCGAGAUACUCCGAGGGAGGAAACACUGUUGGAGAGUUCAGGGAAAACGUCCUUCCGCUGAAAAGCAAUGAAGCAUAUGCGCAAGACGAGUGUGAGAGAAUUCCUGCAUCAGUGCUGGCACCGCACCUUCCUGCUCACUGGUCUUGCGAAGAAUUUAUUCAGUGCGACGAACAACGAGUUCCUUUUAUCAAGACAUGUGCUCCGGGAACAGCCUGGAGAGCCUAUUACGAAAACUACGACUACAACCACGUCUACUACAACCAUAACUACGACUUCGACAACUACUUCAACUACGACUACUACGACUUCAACGACUACAACGGAUACAACGACUACGACAACAACGUCGACUACAACAACUACAACUACGACUACAACGGCUACGACCACUACGACUACGACUACUACGACAACAACUACAAAACUCCAUGGUUCUGGAACAUGAACCCUUUCAAGUCAACAACUCAAAGACCAACCAUCACUACAGCAAGCACUGAACCUCCCACAACAAUUACAACAACUCAAGGAUCCUUAGGAUGGCUAUGGAAUAUGAAUCCUUUCAGACCAACAACUCAAAGAACAACCACAACAACAAGAGCCUAUCCUACUCCGUGCACUUGCAGUAGUAACGGUCGAAAUCUUAGAGAAAAUGAAUCUGCCAUUUUCGAGAUGAGCGCAAACUGCCGUCAAACACGCACCUGUGGCUCUGGAUGUAUUCUUCGAACUUCAACGCCAAUCUGCAACGUGCAGCCCUCGCCUAGCAACUCCUACAUUAACAGAGUAAAUAGCAACUGCCAAUGCGGCUGGAAGGGGCAACAGUUCUCCGGCCUUAUCCCCAGCGACAAAGUCUGCUACUGGCUUCGUUGCACUUCCUACUUAGGCUACUGCCAGGCUCAAACGGUCGUCUCAUGCGUUCAUCCAGAUACUAAGAAGAUUGGUCCCUACUGGCCGGAUAAGAAUCGUCCGGCACCCACUGAGCAUCCUAGUUGGAGCGCUUGGGAAGUCGCCUUUGUUAACGGGGAACCAAUGAGACAGAGAGAAGAGGUCGGCCAAGCUGUUCAAGCUGUCAAUCCAUACAAACAGAAGAUUCAAAAAGAAGACUGUUCAGUCUGGCGAGGAUGUCUCCCACGACCAGAAUGCAUGAGCAACUAUGUCCGAUGCAUCGGCACAAACUAA